AAAAAAAAAAAAAAAAGAAGCACAAAAAAGUGGAAACUUUUCCCCCCCUGUCCAUUCCAUCAAGUUCUGAAAAAUCAAAAUGGAUUUAGAGAAAAAUUAUCCAACUCCUCGGACCGGCAGGACAGGACAUGGAGGAGUGAAUCAGCUUGGGGGAGUUUUUGUGAAUGGAAGGCCACUCCCGGAUGUAGUCCGCCAAAGGAUAGUGGAACUUGCUCAUCAAGGUGUCAGGCCCUGCGACAUCUCCAGGCAGCUUCGGGUCAGCCAUGGUUGUGUCAGCAAAAUCCUUGGCAGGUAUUAUGAGACGGGGAGCAUCAAGCCUGGAGUAAUUGGAGGAUCCAAACCAAAGGUUGCCACGCCCAAAGUGGUGGAAAAAAUUGCCGAGUAUAAACGCCAAAAUCCCACCAUGUUUGCCUGGGAGAUCAGGGACCGGCUGCUGGCGGAACGAGUGUGUGACAAUGACACGGUGCCCAGCGUCAGUUCCAUCAACAGGAUCAUCCGGACAAAAGUACAGCAGCCACCCAACCAGCCGGUCCCAGCUUCCAGUCACAGCAUUGUGUCCACGGGCUCCGUGACGCAGGUGUCCUCGGUGAGCACGGACUCCGCGGGCUCUUCGUACUCCAUCAGCGGCAUCCUGGGCAUCACGUCCCCCAGCGCCGACACCAACAAGCGUAAGAGAGAUGAAGGUAUUCAGGAGUCUCCGGUGCCGAACGGUCACUCACUGCCGGGCAGAGAUUUCCUCCGGAAGCAGAUGCGGGGAGACCUGUUCACGCAGCAGCAGCUGGAGGUGCUGGACCGCGUGUUUGAGAGGCAGCACUACUCGGACAUCUUCACCACCACGGAGCCCAUCAAGCCUGAGCAGACCCCUGAGUAUUCAGCCAUGGCCUCCCUGGCUGGAGGGCUGGACGACAUGAAGGCCAACCUGACCAGCCCCACCCCUGCCGAUAUUGGGAGCAGCGUGCCUGGGCCACAGACCUACCCCAUCGUGACAGGCCGAGACUUGGCGAGCACGACCCUCCCCGGGUACCCUCCGCACGUCCCCCCCGCCGGACAGGGCAGCUACUCAGCACCGACGCUGACAGGGAUGGUGCCUGGGAGUGAGUUUUCCGGGAGCCCCUACAGCCACCCUCAGUACCCCUCCUACAACGACUCCUGGAGGUUCCCCAACCCGGGGCUGCUCGGCUCCCCCUACUAUUACAGCGCCGCUGCCCGAGGAGCUGCCCCACCUGCAGCCGCCACUGCCUACGACCGUCACUGACCCUCGGAGCCAGGCAGAUGCCAGCACUUAUGACACAUAUCACUGAGGGCAAGAGCCUCCCAGCCCCUUCCAAGACAGCCGGAGGGGCCCGACGAGAGCAUCCCCCAGCACCCUCCCCCCUCACUUGGAACUCUGCCCCCCUUUUCCUGUCAGGGACUCUGGGGUUCUAUGGCACGGCCACUGGACUUCUGGACACCUGUCCAUUUCUAAGAGUCAAUCGAUGAGCUUCUCCCAGCAGUGACGGGGUCUCCACAAACCAACAGACUGUGCCGCCGGUCACUGCAGCCCCAGCCCCGCCUGCCAGUCCCCCGGCUGUCUGACCAUCUGCCCGUCUUCAGGCCCAGGCCUGGGAAGAAGAGCUUGCUUUGGUCAUUUCAACAGCACCUGUGUAAAUACCUUCUUGCUUCUCUCAUGGGCCUAAAGGUCCAACGGAGCAGACUGCCAGCCUUUAUGCAUUCAGCACUC